UACGGUUUGGGUUUUUUUUUCAUGCUCUCAGAUAACGUUUCUAAAGUUAAUGUUUGUUUUCCUUGUAAUCAUUCAACUGAAUUUUUCAGAGCAUGCCCGUUGUUUACUCUGAUCUCUCACCAGGAUCAGUGUAUCUAAAGAUUGAUCAAGGUUGGGAAGCAGCUUCAUCGAGACCAGUUUUACUUAGAGAAACUGGUGCUAUUGAGUCAUCGGAGUUGUUCCUGCGACGCAGAUCAUCACCAGGACUGCCAUAUUGCUCUUCGUUGGAGGAACUAACAAGAGGCCUUCAUUUCUAUCGAUCUGCCAAUCUCAUAUGUCGUUUCCGUUAUUUAUGUGAGUUUGUCAGGGCAUGGUUCAAGUGCAAAGGAAAUGACUCGGGCUAUGUGUCGUCACAAAAACUCAUCUUCAGACUUUUAAUUCUUCUCUGCGAAUUUGUCCGAACUUAUCACGCGGGGGAGCGAGAACUAUCCAGAGCCAUUGCCAGCGUAAAGUUCUCAAUCGAGAAUAGAUUUCAUAGAAUGAGCAAUGAAGCUUUGCAUACGAAACGAGUGAUGAAUAUCAGUGGAAUUCAAGCUAUGCUGCAACAGUACCAAGAUGUUCCGACAGAAGUCAAGUAUGCGCCCUCAAGAGAAGACAAAUUAAGUUCACUGCCGUUCAAUGUGUUGGAGACAAUUGUACGAAGCUUAACAAAUCCACGAGAUAUAUGCAGCCUUUCAGAAACAUGUUCAGAUAUAAGAGUAGCUUGUACGCAGGAAAACGUUUGGAAAAGUUUGGCUAUCUUUCAUUUUGGCUAUACACGAUCGCAUGUUGUUCAAAGAGUAAAUGGGUGCUCGUGGUAUAAAACAGUUGCAAAGUUGUACGGUACUCAUAAACUAAGAGAAGUUUACGCGGACUAUGUAUGCUACUACCCGAAGCAUAACAGUCUUUCGUGGAUAGGAGAUCACUGGAAAAUACAUAAUUGUAAGUGCGAUUGUUCGCCAGAGUAUAUAACACCUCAGCAGUUGGUCAAAUUUUUGGACUGAAAAAAAUCUGAAACAAACUAAAAUUGGUCUGAUAGCACUUAUUUUUCAUUUACAUUGCUUUGUUUUUUAAAGUCACAAUAUAUUAAAAAAGGAUAGAAUUAGUUAGUCAAUUGUAAAUUAUAAAUAUGCAAUUUAGAGUUUCAAUUUCAAUUGUUAAA